ACUGUUUUGGUUUGCAAAGUGUUGUAAAGGGUGGUAAAGGGAGAAGCCGGAGAGAAACCGCGGCGUGUAUGUAGAUGCAAGCUGGCACCAUGACCCAAGACAGCUAGACAUGGCUUGACAACCAAGCAAUCAACACUGCUGCCAUGCCCAUCAGCAACCAGGAUUUCAUCUCCACCCCUAGGAAAUAUCACAGCCUGCCUCGUCAAUGCAAACCCUGCAAUGCUCAGGCGCAGGGGAUAUCUCCUCGCCUGUUGUGCGUUCGUGACUUUCGAAUCAAGCUGAAUGCAUUUCAAGUCUGGUUCCGCGACUUCGAUGAUGAGCAGAAGAACAUUGUUCUUCAGGAACUCAUGGGCCUGUGCGGUCCGGCGCAGAACCACCUGCUGUCAGUGCGGCUGCAGAACUCUCUGCACGAGCGGUGUCCGCCCAACUGCCAGGACCUGCUGUCGUGGCUGCCGGCGCACGUGGUCUCCAAGGUGCUCUCCUACCUGGACCCGGUCAGCCUGGCACGCUGCUCGGCCGUCUGCAGGCAGUGGCGUGUGCUGGCCGGAGGCCGGCUGCUCUGGCGCCGACUGUGCGCCCUCUCCGAGUGGCAGGUGUCGCCCGAGACCCACCGCAAACAGGUGGCCGAGUUCACCGACGCCGACGGCAGGGUCAACUGGAAGGAGGUGUUUAUCCAGCGGUACCGUCUGCGGCGGAACUGGCUGCAGGGCCACUGUCACGUGCGCACGUUCGAGGGUCACGGCCAGGGCAUCUCCUGUGUUCAGUUCGACGACACGCGCAUCGUCAGCGGCUCGCACGAUAACAGUAUUAAGGUGUGGAACAUCCGCACCAACUCCCCGUGGUCGGUGAUGACGCUGCUGGGCCACUCUGGCACCGUGCGCUGCCUCCACCUGCUGGAGAACAGGCUCGUCUCCGGCUCCACCGACACCACCAUCAAGGUUUGGGACCUGUCCACCCAGCUGCAGUGGUCCAGUAUCGCCUGUAAGGUCACCAUGGUCGGACAUGGCGACACGGUCCGCUGCGUUCAGAUGGACGAGGAAAAGGUGGUGAGCGGCUCGUACGACCGCACACUGCGGGUCUGGUGCGUCCGCUCUGGCCGCUGUCAGGCCGUCCUCACUGGCCACACUGGGCAGAUCCUCUGUCUGAGGUUCGAGCAGCUCCGGCUGGUCAGCGGCGCCGCCGAUAAAACAAUAAAGGUGUGGUCGCUCUCUGAAGGCCGAUGUCUGCGCACACUGGAGGGUCACGGCGGCGCGGUGACCACGCUGACCUUUGACGACCGGCGUAUCAUCUCUGGCUCGCUGGACUGCACCAUACGGCUGUGGAACAUCGACACGGGCGAGCCGCUGGCCGUGCUCGACUGGAUGAAAAACGAGGGCCACACAGGCGUGGUGCGUUGUCUGGUGGCCGACCGUUGGCGCAUCGUCUCCGCCUCGGACGACAAAACUCUCAAGGUCUGGUCGCUGGACACGGGCCAGCGGCUGGUGACGCUGCGGCAGCACACAGACGGCGUCACGUGCGUCCAGUUCAACGACUCGGUCAUCGUCUCGGGCAGCUACGACAAGACGGUCAAACUCUGGGACUUCAGCGUCUGCUAGGGUCGAAAUCAGCUACAAGACCGUUAAACUCUGGGACUUUACUGUCUGUUAGGGUCGAAAUCAGAUACGACAAGACGGUCAAACUCUGGGACUUCAGCGUCUGCUAGGGUCGAAAUCAGCUACGACAAGACGGUUAAACUCUGGGACUUCAGCGUCUGCUAGAGGACGUGGGGGGGGGGGGGGGGCAGCUACGACAAGACGCUAAAACUGGAACUUCAGCGUCUGAUAGCGGACGCAUGAAGGUAGUUGCGGGAAGACGGUCAAACUCUAGGACUUCAGCGUCUGCUAGGGGACAUCUAUUCGCGCGUAUGUGAAACCUCCGUGAUCAGGGGAACCUCUCCGUGCAGGUUCGGAUAUUUAGGUGGGGAUCUUGCGAUAUCGUCAUUAGUUUGUCAAGCAACUAAAGGAGGAUGGAGAAAUUCAGAAUCUCGCGUCAGAUUUUAUGAAGCUCUCAGAUUUCAGUCCGAGUUGUUGCCAAUAUUUGGAAAUCGGUCGUUUUGAAGGUAUGGCUGCCUGCUGGUUGAUGGCUUCGCUUCUGGCAUGAUAUUGUGAAGCCAAUCGUAAUAGUGAAAUCUCAUUCAUGGAAAGAAAGGCCGCUUACUUACUCUGCAGCGGCAAUCUAGAGCAGCUAUAAGGGAUAUGUUUGGCAGCUAGUAAAUUAUACGCACUUCACCGUCUGCAAGAUAGCUGCCUGGCUAAACCUGAACUGCAAAGCUUUGUGGUCUCUGUGUCUGUGCUGCUAGGUGCUUCUUCGUGUACUCUGGGCCGCGAGACUAGACAGCUGUGUACAUGUGUUCAUGUGUUGUUCGUCAUUGCCACCUGAGUUCACUCUUCACUAGCUCACGAUCCAUGUACUGAUUGUUUAUUGACUGUGCUCAUAGGACUGUUGUCGUUUUGUGUUGUUCGCUGGCGUUCCGACCCUGCGCUGCGCUUAGUUUCGCUCGGUGAGGUGCGUCCAGUGCCUGGUGUGUUCAUGUAUCGUCUCCACUGUGUCAGUGGAGGCAGCUGUGUGACGUCAUUGUAUGACGUCACUGUAUGACGCAGCCGUCCCGGUACCCGUGUAGUCAUUGUCGAAUCUCGCCAGGCCCGGCUGUUGUAUGUAGUUUGUCGUCCGCGCCGCGCGUCGGGCGACCUCCCCGCCUCUGGUUCGUGUGCGCUGUACCGCUAAUGUAGUCAGACAAGUGGCUUAUGAUGCAAUCUCAGUAGUUGAACAAGGUGUGCUUCUCUGGCAGCAAUAAGGCGCGGCUGCGGCACCGGGGUCGCAGAGUCGCGGUAUUGCCUCUGUACGGGCGCAGAACGCGGCGGCUGCGACUGGGAAUGUCGAUAUUCGAGACUGAACGUGUUCAGCGUACCUAAUAGCAAUCUAUUUUGUGUAUGGACACAGCUGCAGGUGAAUUGUUUUUAAUAUUUAUAUACAGAUAUUUGUUUUAGCAUGAUGUUUUUAGUGACAGGAAUGUGGGUCGAAGUGAAACGGAAAAAUAAAUAAUACUCUUUU